ACAGGACUCCAGUCUUGGCCUUGGCACUGCGGAGGUCGCAAUGGACCAGCCAGAUAAGGCCGUCACUUCUACCCCAAAACCAAUCCGGAAGCGAUCAUCUUUUGAAAGAGAAGGAUGGUGGAGAGUAGCAUUAACAAAUACUCCUAUCCCUGGCACUUACCACUUGAAAACGUUUAUUGAAGAAUCCCUAUUAAAUCCAGUGGCAGCAACCUACAAUUUUAAAAAUGAAGGAAGGAAAAAACCACCUCUUGUGCAAAGAAACAAUCCAGUACUAACGGACCUUCCCCCGUACAUGCCUCCCGACUUCUUGGACUUGUUGAAGAAGCAGGCGGCAACUUACUCAUUUAAAGACCAACCGCGGUCAAGCCCCAGCUCACUGGUUUACAAAGAUCAGUCAGUUAAGCUUUCACCAGGACAAUACAAUCUACUUCCUGCACCAGUUCCCAAGUAUGCUUCCAGGAGCUUCGUAUUUCGUUCUACAGUUCAAAGAUUUCCGUCAUCCUACUUCACUCCUCGUGAAGGCCCAGGACCAGGUCAUUAUGACUUGAAAAUACCUUCAGCAAGUUCCGUUACUUCUUGUUUUCGAUCCAAAGUACCUCGAUUCUUGCCCGCCUGUUCGGCAACUCUUCAUGGAAGCCAAGGACAACCAGAAGCUUGCUGGUGACCGUGAAAUCAGGGCUGGGGGGUGGAGCCAGAUGUUCUCAAGGUCUCAGAACCAUCAUCGGCAGCCUCCUGAGGGGUGGUCUUGGUGGGCGGGGGGUGGGGGAGCCGUGCAGGCCCACAAACCUAUUCUGUGGGCCGG